UAGAUAGAUAGAUGUCUUUUGCAGAGAAUCCUCUAAAGAAAUUCAAUGUAAAAAGAGAAAAGUUCUUUUCUUCUCCUUUCUUAGAUAGAUGCACACCCCUAUUUUCCUUUUAUCCGGACAACUAACGGAAGAAGUAGAUGGGACCCAUCAAUGGCACAGGUACGAUAAGAUCACUUCCAUUUGAUUAUCAAAUGGAAUUGGCUUCAGCUGAAACUAGCUUGAGUUCACCUCAAGUACAAUCAUAUUCGCAUCACCAACCAAACAUCGAUCAAACAUCACUCUCCGUGAGAUCAAGUGAGACGCAUACAUCAAUAAUUACUAGCUUAUCUAGUUCUCGUGUCACAUCUAGGCGAGGACAACUAGCCCUGCUUGAGGCAAUCGCAAGGAGCAUUUACCGAGGCAAUCCAGUACAUGAAACACUACAAUGCAACCAAACUUAUAUAGAACGAUGCACCAAUGAGAGUGAUGAAGGCAAUGUUGGAAGCAUUGUUCGUACUUCACAGGCUAGAAUUAAUUCAGCGGCCCACCCAAGACCAUCUUAUAUGUGGGCCUUCCAUCAUUUCUAUCUUUCAGGACUCCUCCAACAUAUAUUGCCGAACUUUGUCGAAAGACCCAUCCACACUUCCUUUAUGUUAACCCACGAUUCAUCAGCUCAAAGCGUCGCAACUCCUCAACUUGGGGAAGUCCCUUCGAUUUCCUCCGAAGAGGUGGCAUUGCAUAAUAGAAGUGAUCUUUUAGGGCAACAGAGUAUUUGGUCAGCUCUAUUCACGAAUAGGCUUGAAGGUGGCAUUUUAGAAGGUUCUUCGUCAUUGCGGAUGUUAACAGAUGGAAAUGUAGGACCAAUCAGGCUAUCAUUUGAGGAUAUUCUAAUUCUUUGCCAACCAUCUGUUUACCACAUAUCUAAUCCACAUGAUCAACAUGAAGACAUGCGACUCGAUGUGGAUAACAUGUCCUAUGAAGAAUUAUUGGCAUUGGAAGAUCGCAUCGGAAAUGUCAACACUGGAUUGGGUGAAGAAAUGGUAAUUCGAUGUCUCAAACACAGUAAAUGUGUUUUGUCUACAGAGAAGGGCAUUUCCAAGGAAUCAUGCAGUAUUUGCCAGGAGGAAUAUGCAGAAGAGGAUGAGAUUGGGACACUGGGUUGUGACCAUUACUUCCAUAUCACUUGUAUUAAGAAAUGGCUCAGAUACAAGAAUGUCUGUCCAAUCUGCAAAUCGAUCGGCUUAACUACCUCCGACACCCACUUUCCUACAAGCUCCUAGUCGAUCGAUGGUGUGUUUAUGCCAAACACUCUCCUCGUCCACUCCCACUUCCUCCUCCUCCUAAAGAAAGCUACUAUUUCAAUCAUAAGGAUUUAACUCUUCCAUAUAUAUUUUUUUCUAUUUUGGCAGUGCCAAGGCUAAGUAGGAUUAAACUCCUGCUCAGGGGUGCAUGUUCCAACUUGGAACCCAUGUGAGAGAUAUAGGUUGCUCCUCAAACAAGCCCCGCUGUAAACAUGGUUUGACCAAAAAUUCAAGCCGGUUCGCUCAUCAGGCGAGAUACAAGUGUACAAUAGAUAUGUACACUGUAAAACUAUCAAUUUCGCUUCCUAAAUCACAACGUAUGUGGGUGAAAGAUGCCUAUUGUUAUUGUAACAAUGAUUUUGUGAUAUUUUUAGUUCAGAUUGUCUAGGUUUAUUGUUUACCACCAUUUCUUACAUGGUGGUGGUUCAUCUGCCCCCAAAACAUGGGGAUCCAUGUACAAUGAAGUAAACCAUCUAGGCCGAAUGGUCUGUUGUGGAUAGAACACAGCUCGAAAGUCACACCGAUUGAUUGAUCACUAACCUUUUAUGGCAAUUCAACUUGAAGUUGAAAAUAAAAUGAUCAGCUGUCCAAUCUAUCUUGUCACAUUAGAUGGUUGAUAUG